UGAAUUUAAGAUUUUGCAUUUUGCCUUUAGAAGUUUAAUUAUUCUCCACUGGGCCUCUUUGGCUACUAUUUGUUUACUACAGGGAAUACAUAAUUUUCAUACUGUACUGAAUGGAUUCAUGAUUAUUCCAUCAUUUCAAAAGGAUGGUUUGUUCAUUCAUCAUUUGAUUUAAUUAUGCGUUGAGUGAAGGUCAAAGCUUUAUGCAGAAGUUUAAGCUUGAAUUUUUCACAUUUUGUACAUAAUUGCAGUUUUGGGCAUGUUUCAAAAAUACACAUAUUGAUACGUUUCUUAUACAGUAGAAAAUCAUUUGAUUCAAAUUUAAACCUAAGUUUUCACCAUAUAAAUGGUCUUUGAGCCACAAGAGUUUACAGCAAAUUUUGCUCUUUAAAAAAGCACCAUUAAAUUUUGCAUAACCAGUAAAUCUUUGCUAUCUUUUUGUUUACAGGCCAAGCAUCUGACCCCUUACAUGUGAGCAUGGAUUUGUUUGAAGACCUUCCAGAACCUGGUAAAGCAGGUAGCAAACUGUUUGGAGACCUUCCAGGACCCGGUAAAGCAGGUAGCAAACUGUUUGGAGACCUUCCAGGACCCGGUAAAGCAGGUAGCAAACUGUUUGGAGACCUUCCAGGACCCGGUAGAGCAGGUAGCAAACUGUUUGGAGACCUUCCAGGACCUAGUAAAGCAGGUUCAAAGGACUCAAAUUCCAAUCAAUCGUUGUCCCUAUAUGAUGACACGCCUAUCAACAACCCACAGACAUCACAGUAUACUGCAAUUGAAGAACCCAAGCGCAAGAAUGUCAGUGAUGCAUUGACACCUGAAAAAAAGCUCAAAAGUUCAGUUCAGUUUGAAUUGGACAGUUAUCUGGCAGAGAGGCAGGGUGAGAGAGAAGAUAUGCAGGAUGCACACAUUAUCUUGAAAGACUACACUUCACUGUUCACCAGUCUACACCCUACCAUCUACCGCCUCUCCCUCUACGGCAUUUUUGACGGCCAUGGCGGAGUGCGUGCAUCGAGGUUUGCAUCUGAGAAUUUGCAUAAAAAUCUCCGAGAUAAAUUUCCUAAGGGUGAUGUGACUGCUGUGGAGAAGGACAUCAAGAAAGCGUUUGUGGAGGCUUUUAAGAAAACAGACGAUGAUUUCCUAAAGGAAGCUGGGCGGGCGAAACCCUCAUGGAAAGAUGGGACCACUGCGAUUGUCCUGCUGAUUAUCAAUGAUACCAUGUACAUUGCCAACAUCGGAGACAGCCAGGCGGUUCUGUGCAGAUAUAAGGAGGACACCAAGACUUGCGCGGCGGUCCCUCUCAGUGUGCCACACAACCCGUCCAUGUAUGACGAGAGGAUGCGAAUACAGAAACACGGCGGAUAUGUCAAGGAUGGCAGAGUGAUGGGGGUCCUGGAGGUGUCAAGGUCCAUUGGAGACGGCCAAUACAAGACACUGGGUGUGACUUGUGUACCUGACGUCAAGAAAUGUCAGAUUACUGACAAUGACAGGUAUGUCAUCAUGGCCUGUGAUGGUCUAUGGAAGUGUUUUCAACCGGAGGACAGCAUCAAGUUUGUGAACAGCAUACUGGAGGGAAGUAAGGAGGCUGUAACCAGGACCAGCAGCCAAUCAGAGAGGUUUGAUACGGCGUGCAAUAGACUGGCCAAUGAAGCCGUACUGAGAUUCAGCGGGGACAACGUCACUGUGCUAUUGUUGGCAUUGCAUAAAAAUAGGCCAGCCACUUAGCGAUAGUGAAAAUGCAUUAUAUAGCAAAAUAUCUUGAAUUUAAACAAAAGUGAAAACCAAGAAAGGAACUGGGUUUGAUACCAUAUGAGCCUUGUUUUAUGAAAAUUGGGCAAAAUGCAUGUGCGUAAUGUGUUGUCCCAGAUUAGCCUGUGCAGUUUGCACAGGCUAAUCAGGAAUGACACUUUCCGCUUAAUUGGUAUUUUUCGUGUAAAGGAAGUCCCUUUUUACCGAAAAUCUAGUAAAAGCGGAAAGUGUCGUCCCUGAUUAGCCUGUGCGGACUGCACAGGCAAAUCUGGGAUGACACUUUACGCACAUGCGUUUUGCCCAGUUUUCUCAGAACGUGACUCAUAUUAUGAGUUAAACUCUAUAGAUCUUUCCCAAUGGAGAUGCCUUCAGCUUCUUAAAAUCCAAGACUUCUAAACGACUAAAUGUCACCAACUUGGAGGAAUAAGUCCAUAUCAUCAGUUCAAAAUUAGCAGCAUUUUGCAAAAAAUGGGUCUUAUGCCAUAUGAGGCCAGUGUAGCUCCAGACCAGCCUGUGAAUCUGCACACUCUGGUCAGGUUCGCUAUUUAGUCACACAAUGUUUGAUGGUGGGAUUAUCGGGCGUGGUUGCCACUGACCAGCCUGCGCACUGCACAUUGGUCUGUAGCUGAGCUGGCAGCAAAUUGCAUUAGACCAAUUUUGGCGUGACACUGCACAAAUGUGACCACAGUAACUGAGCCCUGGCAUUUCCGUGAGGUUGUGCAGGUGGACCUUUCUCACAAAUUAUGGCCAUAGAAGAAGACUAUGGCAAUGUGGUGUAUGGAAACUUUUGGUUUUGACGAUUAAUUGAGUUUUGUUAGGAUCAGAUGGCAUAAAAAUGGCAGCAUAAUCGAUUUUGAUACAAAGUUAUUUUUGGAGUUGUUUUGAAUGCUGUUGUUCUUUAAUGAAUUUAAGUAGUGUUGCUUAAACAAUUUUUACUUGUAUAUUUGUUAUCCAUAUUUGAUUCAUUAAAUAAUCCUUUUCUAAGGGUUAAUAAUUUGACAUGAUUCAUUUUGGUCCUGGUACUUUGUCGUAUAACAGUACAAAUCCGCUUGCAUUGUUUUCUCAUUUAUAUUCCAUGGUCUGUAUUCACACAAAAAUCUUAAAAUAAAGACUUAGAUAAAGAGUAUUCUUUAAACCGGAAUAUUCAAGAUUCGCUUCAAUUGUACAUUUUUGUAAGUCAAACAUAUCUCUCAACAUCAUUCUUCAUAUAGAACAUUCUGUUACGGACAUUUCACCAACUUGUAUAUAUUGAAAGGCUUUGUGUAUUUUUCUUGGUUCUGAGUGAAUUCUCCACUCUUGAAUUAACUAACUUUAUGACUGAUUGUAAUGUGUUAAGAAUGGGUUGGUUAGUUCAAGUCUGGAUCCCUCCUUUAUGGACAUUUCAUUUAUUAAAUUGAUCUCCUUUUUUAUCUUUGGGAUGAUAUAUUUUUAAGAACAUGUUGAUCCAAUGGAUCUGUUUAUUGUGCUAUUAAAGGGCAGUCAUAACUUAAAUUUUUCGUAAGUUUUAUUUUUGAAAGGACACAUAUUCCAAGCAGAUGACUGUUAAAUUUAGUUCUGAUUGUAUCAUUAUUAUGAACAUUUAACUCUUUCAGUGCUGUAACCGAAUUUUGAAGGCCUUUGCAAACAGUUUGGAUCCAGAUGAGACGCCACAAAACGUGGCGUCUCAUCAGGAUCCAAACUGUUUGCUAUUCUGAUAAUAUUUUUUGAAAAAAAUCGAAGCAAAUGCUUAUUUUAGAAAUUCUGCAGACGACAUUUUAGCAGACGACAAAUUUCCCAGCAUGCAAAGGGUUAAAUCAUGUUAACCUUGUGUAAUAAUUAUGCAUGCUGGUAAACACAAAUAACCGCCAUUAUGGUUUGUUUCUGAACAUUAGACCGUUAGAUCGUUGUUUAUUUUCCGAUAAACAACGAUGAUUCAAUUUUAUUUCUUCAAUCGACGAUACUGUAAUUAAAACUCAAACAAAUCAGUAGAAAAAGCAUCUAUUGAAAGCUGCUGGCAAACCUCAGGGAACCUAUUUAGGAAUUAUCUCCCUUGGACUGUUAAACAAUACGAAAUGUUGUAUUGGAAUAAAUUGUGUAUAAAAAGCAUAAUUGUACCAGAGAGUCCAGUUGUAAAUAAAUCAUAAAUAUUUACUUUA